AUGACAACAAGCUCCCACUACCCCCCUCAAUCGGACACGUUUACAACAAUAAUACACACACAUGAGCCAGAAAACGAAUCCUGGACACAUCUUGCAUCUGCAGCUGCCUCAGGUCAUGUCGAAUUAGUCAGAAAGUACAUGAGAGAUAGCCCUCAAAUACCAAUAGAGGGACAGAUCCACUUCGGCUGGCAUGCAUUUCCAAAGCCGACGCCUCUUAUUUUGGCGGCUGGCCACGGCCACCUUGACUGUGUUCGCUUGCUGAUGAAAGAUGGAGCCGGUUCCACCACAUCGAUGGACCAGACGGCCCUUAUGGCAGCAUCUGCAGGCUGCUACCCAGAUAUAGUAUCAGAGCUUAUGGAUAAGGAGGCAGGCCGGGCUGACAAGAAUGGAUGGACAGCUCUAAUGUACGCCGCUGAUAGGGGCUGUGUGCCCGUUUGCCAAAUGCUUGUUAAACUAGAAGCAAACCGAACAAGUUUGCGCUCUGAGACCGCCUUAAUUCUUGCCGCGACUACUAACAAGAAGCAGGUAGUGGAGAUUCUGGCGCCGUAUGAAGCAUCAGAAAGCGGCCUCCUCGCCAUGGAGCUUACCUCAGACGAGGAGAUCCGCAGAAUAAUUCACAAAUACCUUUCGGAUGAUGCUAUUCAAACUCUUAUGGACAAUGGGGAUCAGUACGUCUUUGAAUGA